CCCAUCUCACCAUCACAAUUCCCUGACGACCCAGUUCGCCACGUGUCCCUUUCACUCACCACUACCCAGAGAAUCCCCCUUCUUGUUCAUCAAAUUUAUAAAACCAUUUCUCUGCAAUUACGAAGAUUUUAAAGAAACAGAGAGACAUUUCUUCUUCUUCUUCUUGCUUCCUCCAUUGUUGAACAUCAUUUUCUUAAUUUUGUGACAUUGAUUACACUUUCUUGUAUAGUUUUGAUCAUCAUCAAUGGCGUCGUUGGUGUCAUCGCCUUUUUUGGCGGCUUCAAAAUCGGACCACCAGCUCUCAUCUCUCUCCCAGAAGCAUUAUUUUCUCCAUUCAUUCCUCCCCAAGAAAACCCAUCUCCCAGUUUCCUCCAAAUCCGCCAUUAGAGUAAAAUGCACCGCAAUCGGCAACGGCCUCUUCACCCAAACGAGCCCCGAAGUCCGACGUGUCGUCCCGGACAACACCGCCGGCCUUCCCACCGUCAAAGUCGUCUAUGUCGUUCUCGAGGCUCAGUAUCAAUCGUCGCUCACCGCCGCCGUCCAAUCCCUCAACAAGAACAAAACCCACGCCUCGUUCGAAGUUGUCGGUUACUUGGUCGAAGAGCUUCGCGAUGAAUCCACUUACAAAUCCUUCUGUAAAGACCUUGAAGAUGCCAAUAUCUUCAUUGGGUCUCUCAUUUUCGUGGAGGAGCUCGCUCUGAAGGUCAAGGCCGCCGUGGAGAAGGAGAGGGAGUGCCUCGACGCCGUUUUGGUGUUCCCUUCGAUGCCGGAAGUGAUGAGAUUGAACAAACUUGGGUCGUUCAGUAUGUCCCAAUUGGGGCAAUCGAAGAGCCCAUUCUUCCAGCUCUUCAAGAAGAAGAAGCAAUCCGCUGGUUUUGCUGACAGUAUGUUGAAGCUUGUGAGGACAUUGCCUAAGGUAUUGAAGUAUCUUCCCAGUGAUAAGGCUCAGGAUGCUAGACUUUAUAUUCUUAGUUUGCAGUUUUGGCUUGGUGGAUCACCUGAUAAUCUGCAGAAUUUCUUGAAAAUGAUUUCUGGGUCUUAUGUUCCUGCUUUGAAAGGGGCUAAAGUUGAGUAUUCUGAGCCUGUUCUGUAUUUGGAUUCUGGGAUUUGGCACCCUUUGGCCCCUUGUAUGUAUGAUGAUGUGAAGGAGUAUUUGAAUUGGUAUGGGACUAGGAGGGAUGCUAAUGAGAAGCUGAAGGAUCCUAAUGCCCCUGUGAUUGGGCUGAUUUUGCAAAGGAGUCAUAUAGUUACUGGUGAUGAGAGCCAUUAUGUGGCUGUGAUUAUGGAGUUGGAGGCCAAAGGGGCUAAGGUGAUCCCCAUUUUUGCGGGUGGGCUUGACUUUUCGGGGCCGGUAGAGAGGUAUCUUGUUAAUCCGGUGACGAAGAAGCCGUUCGUGCAUUCGGUUGUGUCGCUGACUGGCUUUGCUCUGGUUGGAGGGCCUGCCAGGCAGGAUCAUCCAAGGGCUGUUGAGGCAUUGACCAAGCUUGAUGUUCCUUAUAUUGUUGCUCUGCCUUUGGUGUUUCAGACUACUGAGGAAUGGCUUAAUAGUACCUUGGGGUUGCACCCGAUUCAGGUGGCGCUUCAGGUGGCACUACCGGAGCUCGAUGGUGGUAUGGAGCCCAUUGUUUUCUCUGGCCGGGAUCCACGAACAGGGAAAUCUCAUGCACUUCACAAGAGGGUUGAACAGCUCUGCACUAGAGCAAUCAAAUGGGCUGAACUUAAAAGAAAAUCCAAGGCUGAGAAGAAGCUGGCUAUAACUGUCUUUAGUUUCCCUCCAGAUAAGGGAAAUGUUGGAACUGCCGCAUAUUUAAAUGUCUUCUCAUCCAUCUUCUCUGUGCUGAAAGAUCUCAAGAGGGAUGGUUAUAACGUGGAGGGCCUUCCCGAGACUUCUGAAGCUUUGAUUGAAGAUGUUAUUCAUGACAAAGAGGCACAAUUUAACAGCCCUAAUCUGAACAUCGCUUACAAAAUGAAUGUUCGUGAAUACCAGAAAUUAACACCGUAUUCGACUGCUUUGGAAGAGAACUGGGGGAAGCCUCCUGGCCAUCUGAACUCUGAUGGAGAGAAUCUGUUGGUGUAUGGGAAGCAGUACGGGAAUGUAUUCAUCGGAGUUCAGCCGACGUUCGGAUAUGAGGGCGACCCGAUGAGACUUCUCUUCUCUAAAUCGGCUAGCCCCCAUCAUGGUUUUGCAGCAUAUUACUCUUAUGUUGAGAAUAUCUUUAAAGCUGAUGCUGUUCUUCACUUUGGAACUCAUGGUUCGCUUGAAUUUAUGCCUGGAAAGCAAGUGGGGAUGAGUGAUGUCUGCUAUCCCGAUAGUUUGAUCGGAAACAUUCCGAAUGUCUACUAUUAUGCAGCUAAUAACCCAUCUGAAGCUACAGUUGCUAAACGUCGAAGCUAUGCCAAUACCAUUAGCUAUUUGACACCCCCGGCGGAGAAUGCCGGGCUUUACAAGGGCCUUAAGCAAUUGAGUGAGCUUAUUUCCUCGUACCAAUCGCUUAAAGAUACCGGUCGGGGGGCACAAAUUGUCAGCUCAAUUGUUAGUACUGCUAGACAAUGUAAUCUCGACAAGGAUGUCGAACUACCUGAGGAGGGAGAGGAAAUCCCGGCAAAAGAACGCGAUCAAGUUGUUGGGAAGGUGUACUCAAAGAUCAUGGAGAUUGAAUCCCGACUUUUACCUUGUGGACUUCACAUAAUCGGCGAGCCACCCUCUGCCAUGGAGGCAGUAGCGACGCUUGUCAAUAUCGCUGCACUUGAUCGUCCUGAAGAUGAGAUCUCAUCUCUUCCAUCUAUACUAGCAAGCACAGUUGGGAGAAACAUAGAGGAUGUGUACCGAGGGAAUGAUCGGGGAGUAUUGAAGGAUGUUGAGCUUCUUCGGCAGAUUACCGAGGCAUCACGUGGGGCCAUUUCUGCCUUUGUGGAGCGAACAACUAAUAAGAAAGGCCAAGUUGUUGAUGUAGGUGAUAAACUGAGCUCGAUCUUAGGUUUCAAUAUAAGCGAACCAUGGGUUCAGUACUUGUCAAACACCAAGUUUUACAGGGCAGAUAGGGAGAAGCUUAGGAAACUAUUUGAGUUCUUGGCCGAGUGUUUGAAGCUCGUGGUAAUGGAUAACGAGUUGGGUAGUUUGAAACAGGCUUUGGAGGGAAAAUAUGUUGAGCCAGGCCCCGGUGGCGACCCGAUUAGGAACCCGAAGGUUUUGCCAACAGGAAAGAACAUUCAUGCCCUUGAUCCACAAGCUAUUCCCACAACAGCAGCAAUGCAAAGUGCAAAAGUUGUGGUGGAUAGGUUGAUAGAGAGGCAGAAGGUUGAAAAUGGAGGAAAAUAUCCCGAGACGAUCGCUCUUGUAUUAUGGGGAACCGAUAACAUUAAGACAUACGGUGAAUCCCUGGCUCAGGUUCUAUGGAUGAUCGGUGUAUUGCCCGUUGCAGAUACUUUCGGUCGUGUCAACCGAGUAGAACCUGUGAGUCUUGAAGAGCUUGGAAGGCCUAGAAUCGAUGUAGUUGUUAACUGUUCGGGCGUGUUUAGAGAUCUGUUCAUCAAUCAGAUGAACCUCCUUGACCGAGCAGUGAAGAUGGUAGCGGAACUGGAUGAGCCUGAGGAGCAGAACUUUGUCAGGAAACAUGCCAUCGAACAAGCUCAAGCGCUCGGUAUCGGUGUUCGAGAAGCUGCAACUCGAGUCUUCUCGAAUGCAUCUGGAUCGUACUCAUCCAACAUCAACCUUGCAGUGGAGAAUUCGUCCUGGAAUGACGAGAAGCAACUCCAAGACAUGUACUUGAGUAGGAAGUCAUUUGCUUUUGAUUGUGAUGCUCCUGGAGCUGGCAUGAUGGAGAAGAGAAACGUUUUCGAGAUGGCUCUAAGCACGGCAGAUGCCACGUUCCAGAACCUCGACUCGUCGGAGAUCUCGCUGACUGAUGUUAGUCAUUACUUCGAUUCUGAUCCUACUAAUUUAGUUCAAGGCCUGAGAAAGGAUGGCAAGAAGCCUAGUGCCUACAUUGCUGAUACCACUACAGCCAAUGCUCAGGUCCGAACGCUCGCCGAGACGGUUAGACUCGAUGCAAGAACCAAGCUAUUGAAUCCCAAGUGGUACGAGGGAAUGAUGUCGAGUGGCUACGAGGGUGUUCGAGAAAUUGAGAAGAGGCUAACCAACACGGUUGGGUGGAGUGCGACUUCUGGCCAAGUCGACAACUGGGUUUAUGAAGAAGCUAACUCGACAUUCAUUCAAGACGAGGAGAUGCUUAAUAGGCUGAUGAAAACGAAUCCAAACUCCUUCCGGAAGUUGGUGCAGACAUUCUUGGAAGCAAAUGGGCGCGGAUACUGGGAAACUUCAGAGGAAAAUAUCGAGAAAUUGCGCCAGUUGUACUCCGAGGUCGAAGACAAGAUCGAAGGGAUUGAUCGGUGAAGUAUAGAGAUGAUGAACAGGAAAAGAUUGUAAACUCAAAAGAUGAAUGUAAAUUACUUUGGCCAAUUUAUUCAACCAUCUUCUUUCAAGGAUGAAUGAUGGAUGUAGUUUUGUAAUGUGAAAUUAUUUGAGACUUCUUGUAUUCUUAAUUGCUAAUUCCAUUUUGAUGUAACUCAAUCACCAACUUCAAUUUCAGUUCA